AUGCAGAGCUGGUUCCGUGCCCAUCCGUACCCUUUCGCCAACAACGAGGAGGAGCAACUAGACUACAUCCGCAUGAAAACCACCGGCGUAGCCUGGGAUAAUAUCUCGAGCGGAUGGUUUGUCGAAGGAGACGAGUUCCAUACUGCACAAGAAGCGUGGGAUAUCCUCGACGCCUGCUACGGCCGUUUGAAUACCCGCCUAGAUGCCCACAACUUCUACGAAAAGGAAGGCUUCAUGAAGCCUGGUGAGACUAUCACCUCCUACCUGGCCCGCUUCAAAGCCGGCGUCGCUCCCUUGAAAUGGGACGACGAGGAAAAGACUCUGCAAGCCUACAAGAAGUUGCCAGACCAGUGGCGCAGCCGAGCGGAGCACCUCAUGAGCGACGACACCUUCACCAAGGACUUUGCCAAGUUCAGCCACAAGCUCCGACACCUCGAACAACUUCACUCCGCCCUCCAGCCCUCUCACAACCCUAGCAAGGGUAAUAGUGGAGGUAGCGGUCGUGGCGGCGGCGGCAAUAACCGCAACCGCAAUCGCAACGCCGACAACGCGCAGCCCAAAGGCAGCGGAGCCAACCAAUUUAUUAUCAACAAACCCUACAGGGAGCGCACUGUCAUGGAGACCCAGGUCCUAGCUGAAUUGGAACGCUGCUUCAAGUGCACCCGUGCAGGCCACAAGUCUAACUCCGACGACGCGCCCUGCAAGGACAUGGACAAGCUCACUUCAAUGGGCCGCUACCCCGAAGUCCUCACCGCCUUGAACGAAGCCCGCAAGGCCGCCGGCGUCCCUAUCCCUAAGGCCGCCGUACGCAUUAACGCCGUCCGAGCCCCUACUCCUCCAGCGGCCGCCUCUGACGCCCGCUCGGAAAACGAGUAG